AUGUACUCCAAGAAGUUCGUCCCCCCCCUCCUGCGCAAGCCCACCGCCGCCCCCGAGGACGCCGACGAGCCCCCCAACAAGAAAGCCCGCCUCUCCAGCUCCAGCUCCGCGCUCACCAUCUCCACCGCGCACACGCCGCAGCGCGUCGCCCAAACACUCAAGCUCUCUUCGGCCUCCAACACCGCGCGCAAGCCCCUCCUCCUCGUGCGCAACCCCGUCUCGCCGCCCGCCACCGCCACCGACGACGACGACGACGACGACGACAAUGCCACCACCACCACCACCACCACAGACCGCUACUACAACGUCCUGUGGCGCAAAAAGACAACAAAGAAGCACAAGACCUUCGACGGCGACGGCAUCCUCGCCCUCAGCGGCGGCUACGCCACCCUGCAGGACAGCAGCGGCAAGGACCUCGGCCGCACAAUGAUGCGCGCGGCCCCGGGUCUCGGAGACCUGGUUUCGCUCGGCGGCAAGGACGUCGAGAUCGACUCGGUGCUCUCGCGCGCAGACUACCUCUCCGGCCGCCCGUUCCUGAAGGCCGCACCCGUGAAGGAGGAGAGCGCGGCGUCGUUCCAAGCAGUGUCCGCGGCGGGCUUCUUCGGGAGCAAGUUCAAGACGCCGCUGCUCGGCAGCACGGCGGUGGGCAACUCACACGCCAAGGUGCCGACGCCGCGGCACGACCCCACCGCCGAGGGCGCACUGGUGAUGCCGCGUCCCUCCGGCGGGGGCAAGAACAUCGUCGACGUCGUCGUCGACCCGUUCGUGAGCGCUCACCUACGGCCGCACCAGCGCGAGGGCGUGCAGUUCCUCUACGAGGCCGUGAUGGGGCACAAGGCGUUCGACGGGCAGGGCGCCAUCCUGGCCGACGAGAUGGGGCUCGGCAAGACGCUGCAGACCAUCGCGCUGCUGUGGACGCUGCUGAAGCAGAACCCCGUGUUCGGGGCGGGCGGGCCCGUGGUGCGCAAGGCGCUCAUCGUGUGCCCCGUCACGCUCAUCAACAACUGGCGCAAGGAGUUCAACAAGUGGCUGGGCCGCGAGCGACUCGGCGUCUUUGUGGCGGAUAGUAAGGCUACCAUCCGCGACUUUACGCACGGGCGGGUGUACAGCGUCAUGAUUGUGGGGUACGAGCGGCUGCAGAAGGUGCAGGGCGAGCUGCGCGGCGUGGACAUCGACAUUGUCAUCGCGGACGAGGGCCACAGGCUCAAGACGGAGAGGAAUAAGAGUGCGGCCGCCAUCAGGGGGCUGAACACGAAGCGGCGGGUGAUACUCAGUGGCACGCCGCUGCAGAAUGAUCUGCAUGAGUUUUAUAUCAUGGUGGACUUUGUGAACCCGGGCCUGCUGGAGAGCUAUCAGACGUUCCGCAAGGAGUUUGAGAACCCGAUUGUGAAGAGCCGGCAGCCGGGGGCGUCGAGGAAGGAUGUGGAGAAAGGCAAGGCGCGGGGUGAUGAGCUCGCGCGCAUCACCAAACUCUUCGUCCUCCGCCGCACCGCCGAGAUCCUGUCCUCCUACCUGCCCCCCAAGACCGAAUACAUCGUCUUCUGCCGCCCCACGCCCAAGCAGCUCAAAGUCUACACCACCAUCCUCUCCUCGCCACACAUCGAGUCGUGCUACCGCUCCCCCGACACCUCCCUCCUCCUCAUCACCCUCCUCAAAAAGCUGUGCAACUCCCCCGGGCUCCUCGCCCCCAAACCCUCCCCCCACCCCCCGCACCACCCCACAACCCAGGCCCUCCUCGCAGCAGUGCACCCAAAGCUCCUCGAAUCCCACUCCUCCUCCCACUCCGGAAAGUUCCGCGUCCUCGACCGCCUCCUCCUCACCCUCUACCGCACAACAACGGAAAAGGUCGUCGUCAUCUCAAACUACACCUCCACCCUCGACCUGCUCUCCACGCUCCUCUCCUCGCGCGGCCUCACACACACCCGCCUCGACGGCGCCACCCCGCAGUCCCGCCGCCAGGACAUCAUCGACGCCUUCAACCGCACCGACCACCGCAGCAGCUUCGCGCUCCUCCUCUCCGCCAAGUCCGGCGGCGCCGGCAUCAACCUGGUCGGCGCGUCGCGGCUGGUGCUCUUCGACCUCGACUGGAACCCGGCCACGGACGCGCAGGCGAUGGCGCGCGUGCACCGCGACGGGCAGACGCGGCCCGUCGUCAUCUACCGCCUCGUCACGACGGGCUGCGUCGAGGAGAAGAUACUGCAGCGGCAGGUGGCCAAGACGGGGCUGGCGGAGAGCGUCGUGGAUAUGAAGAGUGGCGUGGGCAGCUUUACGAGCGAGGAGUUGAGGGACCUGUUUUCGGUGAGGGAGACGGAGUGUGCGACGCAUGAGCUGCUGGGGUGUGGCUGUGGCGGGAGGGGGUAUGUGGCGGGGCCGCCGAGCCCCGAGGGGGAGGGGGAGGGGAGUGGUGGUGAGGAGGAGGAGGAGGAGGAGGAGGUAAAGUAUCCGGGAUUGAUGAAGGCCAGCGAGGUCGACAUCGAGAAGAUUGAGCGCGAGCGCCUGGCGGCGAUGAAGAAGGCGCCGAAGGGGGCGCAGCUGGGCGCGCUGAUGGAGUACUCGCACGUGUUGGCGAGCCGGCUUGUCCGCGCCAAACCUGCCAAAACCGAGAAGGCCGCGGACGACGACGACGAGGAGGAGGAGGAGUACGACGAGGUGAGUAUUGAGGACGAGCUGCUGACGCAGGUGGUGCGCGACGGCAUGGGGAAGGAGGUUAGUUUUAUCUUCCAAAAGACGUUUUAG